CUCGUCUUACCCUCAGCCUUGUCUUGUCUGACGAGUCACCAUGCGAUCGUCGCUUUCAUUCCUGUUACUCACGAGCUUUCUGCUCGCCAUCUACGCUCUCACAAUACCCGUACUCGGCAUAGUCCGCACCAUCGGGUACUGCUACCGCGGGUCCUCAGACUGCCUCUCUCUGCCACACGAGGUCUUGUACGACCCCGAGGAGCGCCUCGUCAGCUACAUGGGAGCAUGCGACGCUUUCUUGUCCGAGUGGCAUCCAAUCAUCAUCCUGGCCUACACCGACUGCACCAAGGCAUGGCGACCCGCUGUCACAGGCAUCUGCGAGGUGGCCGGGGCCAAUCAGACCUUCCAGUGGAUAUGUAAGGCUUGAUGGGUCAUGCGCUGCGGUCGACACAAAUAGUCUUGCCGCGAUAUGGGCGAUCAGCGGGUGCAAAAUCGUGCACUGUCCGGUGACAUUCGUAGCACCGCCUUGCUGUGAUCGAUUGCGCUCUCGCAUCCUCUAUGCCUCUUGACCUUUCUACCACAUUUCUGUACUACAAGUUGAGAUUGAGACAUGAAGCUCUGGCAACCCUGGCUCCUCGCAAGCGUCUGCCUCGCUGUGACUGUACGAGGGGCAAACCAAGUCAUAGGCUACUGCUACCGCGAAGGGGCCAAGAAUUGCACGGCCCGUC